UUAAAAUCUUGAAGAGUGCCUGCCACAAAGAGUUAAUAUACGUGAAUUUCGAAAAAUCAGUGAAAGAUGCUGCUGCUUAUACUAAUCUCGUUUGCACCACUUUUCACACUGCAAACCGAAGUGCUUUUAAACUACGACGGCUUUAAUCCAAUCGCCGCCGUGUCGUCUGCAUCAGCAGCUUACACCUCUGCCUCCUCCUCUUCAUCAACAGCAACAACUGUAACGUACGCCCAGCAGCAGGUGCAAUGGCCUCCCACUGCUGUGCGCGGCAAUUGGUAUAUCCUGAAUGCAGCAGCCAACGCUGCGGUUGCCGCGGCUGCCACUACUCAAGUAGACGCCGCACGCGCUAAUAAACUGCAAAAGCGACACAAAGCAAUGCCACAAGAUAAACAACCACACAGAACAGCACGCCACACCCUUGAUAUACCACAAGCGGCGCAGCAACAGGAGCAACAACAAAAUCCGGCAAAUUAUUACACUUACAACAGCAGCAACAACGGAAAUUACCGUUCGACGGCACCGGAUAUGCGCUUUGUUGCGCCAUAUGUAUUGGCGUUAAGUAAUAGGCGACGCCUCUCGGUGACUUCGGGCGAAAGGAGUAGGCGGCGAGAGCUCAGCGGCAGCACUACUGACAGAGUUGCCAAUAACUUCAAUAAGCGAGGGUAUGUCAACACUUAUAACAACAACUAUAACAACAAAAGUGUGACUCAACACAAUAAGUAUGGUGACAAUGAGCAAGCAGCAACAACUAAAGUAAACAUUGCCGACAGCAUUAUUACGCAACCACAGCAUCGAGCAAUGCUUGCUUGGCAGGAUAUUAAAACCAAAAGCGAUGGCGAGGUCAACAAGGGGCGUAAAGGCGUCGUUCCUGAUAUUGAGGAAAGCACGGAGGUCGGAAGUGUUGAAAAUGAUAUAAACAGUCUAGAGGAAGCGCAGUUCAAUGAAGUUCUAGUGCCAUUGGGAAACGCCUUGGACAAAGUGCGACACUUUUGUGAGGUUUUCCGACGUAUCAUCAGCGAUGAUGAAGCAGACCUUGCAAGCGACGACCUCGAUACAUUGGGGAGCAGCGACGACGGCUCAGCAUCCGCCACGUUAGUGCAGUCAGCAACUGUAGACACAGUCAUUCCUGUUGGUGACAACACACAGUUGGCGCUUGAAGUUCAAGGUCAGCGAAGCCCUCCCACCGCCACACAUUCAAACACGCAACAGUCUCAGCCGAUUGCAGAGGCGACAUUGAUGUGGCCAACAGUGACGGCACCAGCUAUGCCACGGUCAACUGCGGUUACAGCAUCAGCGCAGGCAACAACAACUGCAAACGCACCAAACUCAGUUAAAUCAUUAACAUCUACUGCCUUGGUCAUUGGUCGAGGUAAAAAGUUGAAAAAGAAAUUGAAAAAACUGAUGCUUCCAUUGUUGCUGGCAUACAAGCUGAAGUUCAUAGCAUUAGUGCCGCUGCUAAUUGGUGGCCUAACGCUGCUGGUCGGCAGCACCGGCCUGGCUGGCUUCUUUUUUGCGCUCUUCUUGACGGUGAUGACCCUGAAGGGCGGCGGUAGUGUGAACAAAUCGAUUGUAAUUAAGAAAGUUUUGUAAACGCCGGCCGAGCUGCCAAAGGAAUCAGCGGAGCAGGGGCGCGGUACACUCUAUAAGCUAAUCUUUUUUUUAUCGGUCAA